AUGGCGUUCCUCACAUUGCUGAAGAAGCAGUUCACGCCAACCAAACUGCUCUUCCAUUUCCUUUUUUGGGUAUUCCACUGGGGCAUCUUCGCCUAUGGAUGGUGGAAGCAAGCGGCCGAUCCGCGCCUAGCGGGUCUCAACACACUUCAGUACUCCGUGUGGAUGUCACGAGGUGCUGGUUUGGUGCUGAGCGUGGACGGGAUGCUUAUUCUGCUCCCUGUCUGCAGAACCAUCAUGCGGUUCAUCCGACCCAAAAUCAGAUUCAUCCCGCUGGAUGAAAACAUUUGGAUGCACCGGCAGCUCGCCUAUUCGAUGCUGCUGUUCACCAUCAUCCACACGACUUCGCAUUAUGUCAACUUCUACAAUGUUGAGAAGGGCCAAGUUCGCCCAGUGACGGCGGUGCAAAUCCACUACGUCCAGCCCGGUGGUAUUACCGGUCACGUCAUGCUCCUGUGCAUGCUCCUGAUGUACACAACAGCGCACCAUCGUAUCAGACAGCAAUCUUUCGAGACGUUUUGGUACAUGCACCACCUCUUUAUUCCUUUUUUCCUCGCUCUGUACACGCACACGGUUGGCUGUUUCGUCCGAGACACGGCCGAAGGAUACUCUCCGUUUGCGGGCGAUGAGUACUGGACGCAUUGUAUCGGUUAUCUUGGCUGGAGAUGGGAACUGUGGACCGGUGCCUUCUAUCUCCUCGAGCGGCUGUACCGCGAGAUCCGCGCCAUGCGUGAGACCAAGAUCACCCGCGUUAUCAGGCAUCCUUACGACGUGGUUGAGAUCCAGUUCAACAAGCCGUCAUUCAAGUACAAGGCCGGCCAAUGGCUCUUCCUUCAGGUGCCUGAAGUGUCUAAGUAUCAAUGGCACCCGUUCACCAUCACAUCUUGCCCUUACGACCCCUACGUCUCGGUCCAUAUCCGACAAGUGGGUGACUUCACCCGGGCGCUCGGAGACAGAGUGGGUGCCGGCGCGGCGCAAAGCAAGCUCUACGAAGGCGUCGACCCCAUGGGCAUGUACGAAGUGGCGCUCCAGAACGGUCAGGCGAUGCCGUCGCUCCGCAUCGACGGACCGUAUGGUGCUCCGGCCGAGGAUGUGUUCGAGAACGAAAUUGCGGUGCUGAUCGGGACGGGUAUCGGUGUCACGCCGUGGGCUUCCAUUCUCAAGAACAUCUGGCACUUGAGGAAUGGGCCGAACCCGCCGACUCGGCUGCGCCGUGUCGAGUUCAUCUGGGUGUGCAAGGACACCAGCUCAUUCGAGUGGUUCCAGACGUUGCUCUCAUCCCUGGAGCAGCAGUCUAGCGAAGCCGCUCGCGUCCCCGGCUCGAGUGGCAUUGAGUUCCUCAAGAUCCACACCUACCUCACGCAGAAGCUCGACAUGGAUACCACGCAAAAUAUUGUGCUCAACAGUGUCGGCGCCGACUUGGAUCCGCUCACCGAGUUGAAGGCUCGGACGAACUUUGGCCGCCCCAACUUCGGCAAGCUCUUCACGGGCAUGCGCGACGGUAUCCUAGACCGGACCUACCUGAACGGCCUAGAGGGCAACAUGAGGACCACCGUGGGUGUGUAUUUCUGCGGUCCCUCGGCAGCUGCUCGCGACAUCCACAAGGCGGCAAAGGAAGCUACCGUUCGCGAAGUCCGUUUCCGCUUCUGGAAGGAACACUUCUAA